AUGUAUGAGGAAAUUCAUUUAUAUUUUAAAAAAUUAAGCCCUACCAUAAAGAAGAGUAGCAGGAAUAAAUAUCUCAAAGAUGAUGAAGAACAUGCCAAAAUAAAAAUAAAAAGGGAACAAAACGGUUCAAACUACAAAACCUUGACCUUGACUCCAUCAACUGAAAAUAGCAAUUCAGAUAGUAAGUUUAAUGUUAAAAACUCAACAAACAAUCACAACAUGAGUCUCAACAACCAAUGCAGCCUGGUAUGUCAGCAAUGUUUCAAUCCUGGCACAAAUUAUAUUUGUUAUCCCCAACCGACUAACGCCAUAAAAUAUAUGAGUAACAGUGCUCUAAAACCUCUCUCUUGUCAACCAUGUUGUCAGCCGUGUUCUCAACCUGUCAUGGAAUGCUUCUCAAAAAGACCAGCACCUCUUGUAGCACAAGCCAAAGUGUUGAACAAACCCCAACCGUACAUCGCAUUCACUCCAUCUAUUUCACCACCAUGCUCGCCAGUUUGUCAACCACAAUGUUUAUCUCCGUGUCCCCAGCCAUGCAUUAUACCGGGUCCAGUACAACGUCCAAUACCACCACAGCCAAUUUGUUACUGCAUCCAAUGUUCUCCUUGCUUGCAAUCACCUCUUUUAUCAAACUCUCCAACAUAUUUAUCAGGUUACUCGCCAACUUGUGUUCAACAAUGCUCAUCGCCUGCAGUCCAGCAAUUUUGUGUUCCACAAAUUACUGUGCCGAAAACGAUUUUGUGCGAAUCAGUUCAGCCAAAAUGUACAAAUAUAAUGAGACAGAAAAAUAUAACCUCUUGUUCACCAGGAUACGUAACAAAAAGACACCACAAAUGUUCAAAAUCAUGCUCACCGUGCUGUUGUCCAACUAAUGAAAGUGCACAACUGAUGAAAUGCCCGUGCGUCAAUGUUCCUAUACAAUCCAUUGAACAACGAAAGGAAAAUUUGAAAAAAAAUCAUCGCUUGAAAAAAGUUUCAAUCCAUCCAACCCAACAGUUAUCCAAAAGCAAUGUACAAAAAAAAAUUCAUGAUUAUCAACAGAAACUACGUAACAAACAAUAUCAACCCAAAAAGUAUGGAAAAUAUUCAUCAAGAAGUCCUUUUUCAAAAUACUCCUCAUUGAGAGACAACAGCAAAUCACCUUGUACUUACAAAUGCUUCUUGUUAAGUUCUUCUGAACAUGGUAAUGAAUAUCAGUGUCUACGAACCGAUGUUUUGUUGAAAGAUAGGGUUUUAGCGAAUUCGAUAAAAAAACGUCAACAGCCUUUAAAAUUAAACAAUCGCAAAAUUUCUCAAGACGUUGUUGUUGAAAAGAUGAACAUGGGUCCUUCGAAUUUGAUAAAAAAUCGUCAACUGCCUUUAAAAUUAAACAAUCGAAAAAUUUCCCAAGACAUCGUUGUUGAGAAGAUGAACGUGAAUCCUAUUUCUUGCGAUACAAUAUACGAUCAAAAUACGCCUUUAAGUCUGAGAGGAAGAAAUCAUCCAUGCAGUUGUUAUUACAAUAGAAACCGAAAUUUUAUACCGAGACAAAAUUGUCAACCAUGCCAUAAUUGCUUUAACCAACACUGCAAAUGUUUCAUACGAUGUCCAUACAGAUCGAACUCGCUACCUCGCAUGCCGUCAUAUUGCCACGGAUAUCCUCAAUCGGAAUUCAAUAAUUAUUCCUCAUAUAAAAAUAAUUACGAUCUGCCGAAUGAAUUUCAUCAAGAUGAUGAUUAUAUGUAUGGAAGUGAGUACGAUGUAAUUGAUGAUCCGCAGUCUGAAAAAUAUCCCUUUCGUUCCCAUUCCUUACCCCCUCAAUUAUUUCCAGUCACGAAAACUCAGAGAACUUUAAUAAAACCACCAGUGAGAAACGAGAAAAAAAUUUCCUUCCAUCCAAGAGGGGUCUCUCAGUUAAGACGCACAUCACGUUACAACGACGGGACGUACGACCGUCGAUAUUUAAAAAAUUAUCCAACAAAGGGAAUGCACCUAGAAACAUUCGGUAGUGGUAAAAAUUACGAAGAAGAACAAGUAGUCAUGUUGGACGCAGACAUUGAAGACGGUGGUGUCUACGAAUUCGAUUACAACAUGUUGCAAGCGAAUAACAAUUACGGCUUUAGCAGUUCUGAAACGGAUGAUGACGAUUAUGAGAAUGAUGACGAUUAUGACGACUACUACGAUGUUGGAUGUGGAGAUUGUGUUGAGGAUGAAUACGUGUAUGAUUCCUACCUGCCUAGGUAUGACUGUAAUUAUUUCUGUGACUACCAAGACGAAAUACCCUAUGAAAUUGAAGAAAUAGUAUUAUUAGACCAACCAAAUAUGAUGUAUUGUCCAAACUAUUUCCAUUGCCCACCGAAACCAUGUUGCUGUUGUAACAGUUGUCCAAUGCCUGUCACAAACAUGUUUUCCAUGCAAGACAACUCCGAUUUGAUCCAUAAAUUAAGCGGAGAAAAAACCAACUGUAAAGCUAUAGAUGCCAAAGUUAAGAAAGCGUUAGAAAAAGAUCCUACGUACUGCCGUUUAAUGAAAGAAAGAGAUGAAAUCCGAGUACAAAAAGAAGUAGACAAAAUUUUAAACUCAAUACUGAUGAAAAGAAAUAUGCUUAACUGCUGCAAUAAAAGUUGUUGUUGUUCUCCUUGCUCUCCUGUGUGUCCGUGUACAAAUUAUUUCAACCAAUUCUAUCCUUGUCGUUCCCAUCCAAUUUGUUCUUCUUCUCCUUGCUGUAAUUCUCAAGCUCAAGUUAUUGUAGUUCCUAGUUUUUAUGGCAAAUCCUCGUCUAGCAGCAGUUCUUCAAACUGUCUUAAACCAAAAUUAUUUUCCCGUUCGAAAAGUUGCAAACCAUGCAGCAGUCAUUUACAAACAAUGGUACCAAUAACCGGAUCACCUUCGUGUAUUCCUCAGUCGCCUCCAAACAUUUAUAAUUGGUUGUACCAUAGUUGGCCUGGAGUAGGAUCUUCUUGUGGUACAAUGGGAUGUUAUCAGCCGCCCUGCUGUAACCCUUGCACAAAGUAA